AAGAGGAGAGAAGAUCCCUCUUCAAGUCUGAAAUAGUUCCUGGUGUAAAAGAACAAAAUAAACAGAUUAACAGCUGAUUGAAACGCGCUGAAGUGAAAGCUGAUGAGGAUGCAGUUCAUACCGUCCUGGCACACAGAGAAGUUCACACACAUCAUAACAAAGAAGCAGAGAGCUGUGAUCUGUCAACACAACAUGACGAUCACGAUCACUUUUAUCCAGGGACCACCCCCUCAUAUAGUGUGUGUGUGCAUGUGUGUGUGUGUGUGCUUCUAUUUAAGUCGCCCUGUGAUAGAGAGGAGGGACAAAGGGGGACAGGAGAUAAUAGUGUGUGGUUUCUCUCUCCAUCACUUUGAGUAAGUCUGAACACACAGCAUCAUCGCAGAGAGGGGGAAUCCGAAUCACCAAGAUGCCUGAAAAAGCGCCGGAGAGAAAAUCUAAAAUCUCAGCGUCUCGCAAGCUCAUGCUGAAGAGCUUGAUGGUCGCCAAGGCCAAAGAGGAGCUGGAGCAGGAGUUUGAGGAGAAGGAGGAGCAGAAGGCAAAGUACCUGGAGGAAAAAUCCCCACCUGUACAGACCAGCUGCAUGUCCUUAUCAGAGCUACAGACGUUAUGCGAAGAGCUGAACGCUAAAAUCGACGUGGUGGAUGAGGAGCGGUAUGAUAUCGAAGCCAAAGUCAUGCACAACAACAGAGAGAUUAAAGACCUGAACAUUAAGGUGUUGGACCUGCGAGGGAAGUUCAAAAGGCCUAACCUGAGGAGGGUGAGGGUUUCUGCUGAUGCCAUCCUGCACUCCCUGCUGGGCUCCAAACACAAAGUCUCCCUGGACCUGAGAGCAAAUCUGAAAUCAGUCAAGAAGGAGGACACAGAGAAGGAGAAGACGGCGGAGGUGAGCGACUGGAGGAAGAAUGUGGAGGCCAUGUCAGGGAUGGAGGGUCGCAAGAAGAUGUUUGAUGCAGCAAAGGGCCAAACCCAGUGAACAGAUGUUACUGAAGAAGCAGCUGGCAUAUAUUUUACAUCAAAUACCAUCACUUGUAAAGCAAAGUGCACACAGUACAACAAAAAACAUAAAUACACUAACCCUGCAAUACUUCCUAACAUCACACAGAACUUGUUGGUAUAAAUAAUAUAUAAAUUUCUCUCAGAACACAUACAUCAUCUGUGUUUUAUUU